AUGCUUGACUACAAGAAUUUCAUCAACAAUAUUCGAGCCCAGACGGAAUUCUCGAGUGGUUAUGUUGAUAAGCACGGGUCUGAAUCCUUCCUAUUUCCCGACUCAUCUGGCUCACUUGUAUGGAACUCGGCUGCAGGUGCGAACGGUGAUGGAUAUUCGAAUAAUAGUGUGAAUGUUGCAGCUAAUCCCGCAACCACAGGUGUGUUACCUUACAACGACGGCUUUGUUAAGCGACUGCUAUGCAACCCGCCUCAAAGUGGAUCAUUCAAUACGUUUGGUUGGCCAACGAUUCCUGCUGUAAGUGCCACAUCCAUUGCCAACCAAUUGGGGCGCGGAGCGUUCGUAGCCGGCGCAGCAACUGCUGGUUCAAUUGCUGGUUCGUGGAACUACAUGCUAAAGAUUCGUCUGGUUGAUCUUCACCCCAUAUUCGAGGAACUGGAUCUCAUGGCCAACCCCCAAAUUAAACUAAGACUUCGAAUCAAUCAAGGCUCUGCUUUCAUUACAACUGACGCGUCGAAGAAUAUGACGCUUACAUCUGUAACGCUAGCAAGUGGUAAUGUUUGUCCUAUCAUGGUUUCGUCUGCAGCCGCAUCCAACCCAAACAACGGAGUACUUCCUGCUGCUGCCGGCCAGAUUACCGUGGCUUGGGGCGCCAUCACGAAUUCGCUAGAGCCUACCGUCGAUUCUACCUACAUGCCUUUCACGACUACUCGACUAUACGUUCCUUUCCUUGAUCUGGAGAACCCUUCAGCUCUCGUCACCAAACCUGAAAAGAAGCGAGCUGGAAUCGGUGUGAAAGGCGAUGGUACUCAGCACAACACCGCUUUCGAUCUACAACUAUCUGCUAGUCUGAAGAAUGCCAAAUACGUUGUUCUACUACCCUUCGCUGAAACAUCUUCAGGCAACUACGCUUCAGCCACAUGUCAGCAGUUCCAAUCGCCUUUCGACUCUGCGCCUUGGACGGUUCAGCCAGGAAGCUCGAUUCGAAAUUUUAACGUACGCAUUGGAUCCCAGCAAGUAUUCGAUCUGAACAGUGAUUACGACUUCAGCUCGUUCUGCAAUGAGUUCUCGAAGCUGAGUGCGAUCAAUGGCGACCUAACAGAAGAGCUUCAAAAUGGUCUCAUUGAUAUGAAGACUUGGUCCCUAACCAACCGAGUCUUGAUUGCUGAUGUAUCUCGUCUUACAGAAAAGGACGUACCUCAAUCGAUUCAGGUAAUGGGUACCAAUGCUUCUGCCCAAGGUGUGAAUCUUCUUGUUCUAGUAGCUUUUGAGAACGAGCUCACAUAUAACCGCCUGACGGGCGAGGUCACCGACUACACGGCAAGUUGA